CCAUAUGAAUCCAUCACCGGUCGAGCUGACUGGAAACUGGAAAGACACAUGGACAUGGUUUCAGCGUGUUGGAAACAGAAAUCUCAAUUUUAUUUAUCGUUUUCUCUUGUCGUAGUCAGCGUUCUUCACCUCCUCCGAUCGGCUUCAGGGCAGUGCCAUAUCGCAUCGUCACGGUGUACAAAGAAAUCAGCCUUCGGAGCAUUGGUCACAUCUCAUACAUCGAUUCCUUCCAACCAUUUCCGAUGCGAAGAGGUUGGAAAGUACCGGCCCUAUAUCUGGCAACCACCUGCACUUCGAGUCACUUUGCUCUCGGAUUUGUAUCGCACCAAUUGUCGACGGCAGCGAAAGCGUCCGCCUGGAAACCCGCUUCGUCUCUGAUUUACGGCAGCCCUAGCAGCGGCAGCACCUUCACCCGCAGGAACAUGUCGUCCGAGGUUGUGCCCGCCAAGGACUACGGACCGACGGACCAGUCCUGGAGAUCCCUCCUCGAGGUGUCUAUGGCGCGAUCGCGCAAGAUCCGCGGAUCGAACUAUGUACAGAUCUCGACCGCCACGAAAGACGGCGAACCGCGGUGCCGGACGGUCGUCUUCCGCGGCUUUCUCAACAAUAAGAACCUACCGGAGGACCAUCCGAUGUCUGCCUCUGGUAAUGUCGACGGAAAGCCGUGCGUCAUGAAAAUGUGCACCGAUCUUCGCUCGAACAAGGUCGCCGAGGUUGCCCACCAGCCGAUUUCCGAAAUGGUAAGACAGAUAGAACGGUUGGCAUAGAUCAGAUAUUCUUUCAGAAUCACUCUUCUUCCUUUCAGACGCUUGGAUGUAUACGAGCGUGGUAUUUGAUUCAAUGAACCAUGCACUGCAUGCGCUGAAUUCCAUUGCGUUGAAUGCAAAUCUAACCCAAAUCCAUUCCGAUCCCUUCCAUUCCAAAAUUAGGUAUGGUGGUUCCCAAAAACUAGCGAGCAAUACCGAGUCCGGGGGUCGCUGUUGCUGGUUGGGGACGAUAGUGGGGACAGGGACCUACAGAUUGCCCGGAAAGAACUCUGGGGGAACCUCAGCGAUCCGGCACGGGAAUCCUUCCUAGACGACAAGCUUCCGGUCCCGGUCGGCGGGAGGGAUGAUGAAGGAAAGGUGGUCCCCGUGCCCGAGAACUUUUUGUUGAUGCUCCUGGAUCCGAUUCACGUGGAUUUUUUGCGGCUCACGGGAGCGCAAUACCGGCAGAUCGACGAGCGGCAAUCCGGACCAGAUGGGUCGACAUGGUCGGCCAAAAGCGUCAAGCCGUAACAGUACAUAGCAGCCAAGGAAGAAGGCUAAACGUUUACAGUACUAUAGUAAAAAUAUUUGCUAUCU